AUAAAUUUGAAAUACUGCGGGGAAUCACAAGAUAAGCGAGUUUUCGCAGAAAAACUGAAAUUACGACGUUGACUGUGAUUCCAGUUGAUUGUUGAUAAUCAGAAAAACGUGGUGACAGGGAAAGAUAUAAUUCAUGUCAAUAACGGCUGAUAUUCAAGAUGUAUAUCAAGUUGCAACUUAUCGUAUUGCUAUCCGUAAGGAUGACUCAUCACCUAACUUUGGCACAAACCUGUAACGAGAGGCAACUUCCAGGCCCUUCUCUAGUAGAAAUGUGCAGUACCAGUGACCCUAACUCCGUGAUGUUCAUGUCUGUCCUGGACUCGUUGAUACAGAAGAACGAAAAAAUAUCAGGAGCAUGCGAACGCGUGACGCCCAUCGAGGUACCAGAUCCCGAGUAUAACUUCAUCGUAGUCGGUGGUGGUGCGGGAGGUUCUGUUGUGGCCGCAAGACUGAGCGAAAUUUCCGAUUGGAAAGUCUUGCUUCUCGAAGCUGGUGAUGACGAACCUGCAGCUGCACAAAUUCCGAGUUUCGCCGAAACUGUAGCUGCUUCCAAUUUGAGCUGGGGAUACCAAACUUCGAACGAAACUCACGCCUGUCUUUCAUCCAACGGUUCCUGUCAAUACGCCGCGGCAAGAGUUCUCGGUGGAUGUACGGUGCACAACGGGAUGGUAUAUUUGAGGGGCAAUCCAACGGACUACAACAAUUGGGCUGCUAUGGGUAAUGAGGGCUGGACUUGGGACGAAGUUAAACCAUUCUUUCUCAAGGCGGAGGAUAACGGUGAAAUCGAUAGAGUUGGAAGAUUCUGGCACGCCACUGGGGGUCCGCUUUCCGUUGAGAGACCUCCUUAUCAUCCUCCUUUUGCCGAUUAUCUGCUUAAAGCAGCGGAAGAGGCAGGAUUCCGUAUUAGUCAAGAUUUUAACGGAGACGUCGUGAGUGGUUUCGGAAUGGCACAAGCCACUAUGAAAAAUGGAGUCAGACGUAGCAGCGCCGCAUCGUAUCUACGGCCCGUCAGGAACCAUAAGAAUCUACACAUUUCCUUGAACUCCACCGUCACAAGAGUAAUAAUCGAGAAUAGGAAGGCAGUCGGCGUCGAGUAUUUUAAGAAUGGUGAGUUCAAGACGGUUCGUACAUCGCAAGAAGUGAUUCUCAGCGCUGGAACUAUCAGGUCGCCUCACAUUCUACUUCUCUCUGGCAUCGGGCCCAAGGAACACCUCGUGUCUAUGGGCAUCAAAGUUGUCAAGGAUUUGCCUGGCGUUGGCAGCAACUACCACGACCACCCAUUCGUCUUGCUCCCUUUUAAUGUCAGUGAGCCUAACGCUUACGAGAACAAUUGGGAAGCUGCUGCCGAGUACCUCGCCUCUCAGACUGGCCCAUUGUCCAGUCAUGGAAUAACCGCGGUAGUCGGUCAGCUAGUUUCCAGUAAAUCAACCCCUGACUUUCCCGAUAUGCAAAUAUAUAACAUUGCUUACGAUGCCUCCUGCGCACCUGGUGAUGUCGGUGCUCUUCGUAGCACGAGGCAGCGCACUGUAGACUUGGCACCAGUGUUACUGCAUCCGAAAAGCAGAGGACGAAUCAGUUUGGCUUCGAACGAUCCUUUAGUACAUCCCCGGAUCUGGUCUAACAUGCUUAGCGAACCCAGUGAUGUUGAUAUUCUUAUAGAAGCCGUAAAUAGUGCUAUCAAGUUGACCCGUACGGAAGCAAUGAAAGCCUACAAUUUGACGUUAGCAAUACAAGUCCUGGAACCCUGCAGUAAUUACACUUAUGGCAAUCACGACUUCUGGAGGUGUAUGCUACGAUAUGGUAGAAUAGACUUACCUCACGGAAGUGGAACCUGCAAAAUGGGCCCCAAACAUGACGUAAUGGCAGUUGUUGAUCAUAAGCUUCGAGUGCGAGGCAUCAAAGGACUGCGUGUUGCAGAUACUUCCAUCAUGCCUGAAAUAGUGUCUGCGAAUACUGCCACACCAACAAUGAUGAUCGGGGAACGAGCUGCAGACUUCAUCAAGAAGGCUUCCAAACGGUUAGAAGAUCGAAGAAUGGAAUUUUCUCCUACCUACGAAAUGUACUAGCGUGAUUAGUCAGGUACAUAAAUGUGACAGGAAAAGGUUACUGUUUGAAGAAAUUGAUACUGUAUGUAUUCUAAAAUGUGUAAUA